AUGGCCGACAUCCUCACCCAACUCCAAACAUGCCUCGACCAGCUCGCAACCCAAUUCUACGCCACCCUAGGCUACCUCAGCACAUAUCACGAUAACUCGCCCACCAUUCCACCCCCCCAAGUCCCCGACGCCGCCCCAGCUCUCGCCAAAAUCCCCAAGAACUCGUCCGCGCCGCCAGCACCGGCCGGUGUCCCCGCCGCAGCCCAAGCCUCACCACCACCGCCGCAAUCUGCGCAACUUGCCCGUGGUGCGUCAGAGACCGGCCAGGGAGGAGAAGUCGUUGAUCCGAAUCUACCGCCUGCGCCGGACUCGCCGCGCACGUUCGCUAGUCGACAGAGGGAGUUGGCGCGGGAUUUGAUCAUCAAGGAACAGCAGAUUGAGUACUUGAUCUCGGUUCUGCCUGGGAUUGGGUCGUCUGAGGCGGAGCAAGAAAGUAAGAUACGGGAGUUAGAGAAGGAGUUGAGAGGUGUCGAAGAGGAGAGGGAGCAGAAGGCUAAAGAGUUGAAGAAGCUGAGACGGAGAUUGGAGACGGCGUUGGGGGCAGUUGAGACUGGGAUCUAUGGGAAUCGAGGACACUUGAUGGGUUGA